AUGAGUCAAUCCCAUUCUAGUGGUCGUGCCGGUAGCGGAGUCCGAUCCCGAUUACGUGGGAUCAGAUCAUCUAGAUCACCAUCUGUCCAUCAGGAUCAGGUUGUAGUCGAGCCUCCUCGACUAGAUGUACCUUUCACGGGUGCGGCUUCACCGAAAUUCGUGAAUGAAGGUACAUCUAGUCACGGUGCAUCGCCAUCGUUGCCGGAGAUUAUAGCAUCUGCAGAACGUCGUCUCCAACCUCGUCUCGAUCCGGAUCACUCCCCCGGUUCUAUUUGGUUUGAUCGUAGCAAUGAAGUGAUUACGAUCGUCGUCAGCAUCUUUCAGUCGGACUUCAAAAGGACCGUGGCGGAGUCUCAUCCUGUCCCUCCAUCAGAUCUGCAACGUUGUCUACGCCGCUUAGAGGCUCGUCGUCCGAAAUCGCCUCAAGGACAGCAUUUAUCGGGUAAAGUGCAGACGCAUAAGACCUCCGUGGAUGUCGACGGCUAUCUACGGUCAGCUCGUCGCACAUUGGGAUUCAGAAGAAGGAACGGAGAAGAGUCAAAUCUUCUCAAGCAAUCGACGAUCCCGACCGGAGAUCGAACGCGCACCCCGACCCACACUGCAGGACAGAGAUCAUUUGCCCGAGUCAUCCAUGAGAUAACGCAGAAGGAAGGUGAAGAACCUUCUGCGUUGCGAUUGUUGCAGAAGACUCACCGUCGAGCUGACGGUACUUAUAUCAGCGAUCGCGUUCAGAAAAUCGAGGAUGCGAUUCAGGCAAAGAUCACCGAUCGUCUCUCCGAGUUAGAGGUUGUCCAACCGGAUGCCAAAGGAUGUAUCUACGGCGUGGUGGAAUGGCGACUCAGUUGGGUGGUGGUCAUCCAAUUGCAGCAUCGAUCGGUCGCCAUGUCGCACUGA